AUGUCACGCCUACUCGUAGAGGAUACAGGCGAGGAGGGAGCUCACAAGGUAGCCCCGGUCGUGCUGAAGUAUGUGCGUCUUCAUCUGGCAAACAAGGGCAUGAGUCCAGGGGUGAAGAGAGAGUUGCUCACAAUCGCCUACACGCUAGACCAGUUGAUUCGGCGCAACAUCUUGGGUGGUCUCGACAUUUUAAUUCAGCGGCUGAAGGCUAUAGAGUUGGUGGUCGCCGGCGCAGCUUGGGCUGUGGCUCAGAAUGUCGAGCUGGUGCCUCUAGAGCAGGAGCGAGUGGCGAGCGUAGCAGAAGCACACGAAGCAGCGAAGGAGUUCAAGCAAGAUUCCAAGGUUUGGAGAGAACUGGGCAAAGGCAAAGGGCAGAAGCGGAUGCGUGGGGGCGUCGCUGGCGGCGCCAGCCGCCGAGAGGCCUUCUUUAGCAGGUUUUUGAUGGAAUAUGCUCUGGGCAGUGGUACUUCUACUUUUGCCAAGUGGUUGCAAGAUUUCUGCGAGGGGAAGGGAGCUUCCAUGGCAGAGGGAACAACUGAAAAUAAAAACAUCUUCCCUCUGCCCCUGCCCAGCGCAGUCGACUUGGUAGAUGCCUUGGAUACACAUCAGGACGAAGAUUUGUGGGUGUAUCUGUUGGUGGCUAGCCUAAAUUACAUGCACGGGGGAAAUGGCGCGCAUUUCAAUCAGCGACCUCCUUCUACAGUCCAGAAACUAUGUCUGGAUUAUCUACGUUCCAGAGUACAAGCUUUCAUGUCUCACAGUUUCACGUUGUCAGAGUUUGAUUGGAAAGAUUUUUUCAGCACGCAGAGUUUGAACUAUGUUGGGGAUGAAGUCAAAACAGCGAAAUGGACUACAUGGGCGAAUUUAGAGCCAGCCCUGCCUUAUGGGCACAUCGGGGCCAUCAACGUCCUUGACUUGGCGGACGGAGGAGUGCGAGAGCUUCUCAUGGAUCCGCUUCAGUUUCUCAAGCCUCGAUGGGAUGAGCGGCCGGUGCGCUCCUCAAGGGUGAUGGUGCAAGAAGCAGAUUGGGGCGAAGUGGCCCGCGGCUUGGUCAAGUACAACUUGUGCGCAGUUCUGCCGGAGAGUGCGUUGGUUGCACCAGGUGGGGUGCCACUUCGGAAUGGCCUUUUUGGCAUCGAGAAAGGAGAGGUUGCCAACGGUCAUGCUGUGCACCGUCUUAUUAUGAAUUUGGUGCCUUUCAACACCGUCUCCCUUUCCAUUGAGGGGGACGUGGGAACACUUCCAAUGCUUUCGCAGAUGAACUGCCUCCAACUGCAUCCUCAAGAGUUCCUUGUCGUCUCUUCUGAGGAUAUACGCUGCAUGUACUACCUCUUUGCCUUGCCAAGCUCAUGGUAUCCAUUCCUGAGUUUGAACAUGCCAGCACCGCAAGACCUGGUGCCACCACAUGUGGAGGAACCAUGCUUUUUGGUUUCCAAAGUGCUGCCUAUGGGCUACUUGAACUCCGUGGGCAUCGCCCAGCACCUGCACCGAAACCUCAUCACACGAGCCCAAGGUGGCCCUACCCGGUGCGUCCCUUGGGCAGAAAGGAUAGAGCGUGGUCGCAGGCCAACCCUGUUUGGCGAGUUUACCUGGACAACCUAG